AUGCUACUGUCACUCACCUCCCACUAUCCAGUCCUCCUGCUGGGUGGUGCUGUUGUUCUCCUCCUCUACACCAUCACCGCCCUGCAGCGCAAAUGGUCGCAGUACCGCUUCGCCAAAAACAACCACUGCCAACCUCCAACUCGCAUGGAGAGCAACCCCUUGACUUGGGGAACCGACCGCAUCUUCGAGCUCAUCGACGCUGCCAAACAACACCGACUGCUCGACGUUGGCAUCGCCCGCUUCCACCGCUACGGCCACACCUUCUACCACCGCCGUCUCGGAGGCACCGUCUUUAGCACUUGCGAACCCCAGAAUAUCAAAACCAUCCUGUCGCUGCGUUUCAAAGACUACGGUCUCGGAAAUCGAAUCAGCUCGUUUGGUCCCCUCUUGGGCCAUGGAAUCUUUACCACGGACGGCGAGCACUGGGCACACUCGCGCGCCAUGAUCCGACCGAAUUUCGUCAAGGACCAAGUCGCGCAUCUCGACAUCUUCGAAGAGCUCAUGGGCGAUCUGUUCGAGCUGAUCCCCACCGAUGGCACCGCGGUCGAUCUGCAGGAUCUGUUCUUCUGCUACACCAUGGACUCGGCGACCGAGUUCCUCUUCGGCCACAAUGUGCGAACGCUGAGGAAGCGACGAUCCGGGGUUCAGGAUCCCUCCGAGCAGGAUUUUGCAGCCGCCUUCAACUACUCCCAGGAAGCCAUUGCCAACCGUGCCCGCCUGGGGCCUCUGAAGUACCUUUACCGUGACUCCAAGGCCAACGAGACGGAUCGGAUAUGCCACGAGUUGGUCAGCCAGUUUGUCGAUCGAGCAUUGAAGUUCCGGGAGAGAUACGAUGAGGAGAAGGCUGUGAUGGGAGAAAAGGACGAGAAGAAAGAGAAAUACUUGUUUCUGCAGGGACUGGCCCAGCAGACAGGCGACCGUAAGCGUAUCCAAGAUGAGCUGAUGAACGUGCUUCUGGCCGGACGAGACACUACCGCGUCCUUGCUGAGCAACAUGUUCUUCAUGGUUGCAAAGCGCCCCGAUAUCUGGAACAAACUGCGCCAAGAGGUGGCUACUCUGGAAGGUCGCGCACCAACAUACGAGCAGCUACGCAACCUAACCUAUGUCAAGUACUGCUUGAAUGAAUCUCUCCGUUUGCACCCCGUUGUUCCCGGAAAUGCGCGAAAGGCGUCAGUAGACACUGUGCUCCCAGUUGGAGGCGGCCCCGAUGGUCAAUCUCCUGUCUUUGUGCCCAAAGGUUCCAUCGUUUCGUAUAGCGUGUACUCGAUGCAUCGUCGCGAGGACUUUUACGGACCGGAUGCCCACGAAUUCAACCCAGAGCGAUGGGCCAGUAUCCGACCGGGUUGGGAAUAUCUGCCAUUCAACGGAGGUCCACGCAUCUGUGUUGGUCAACAGUAUGCCCUUACGGAAGCAGCCUAUGUUACCGUACGUCUGGUGCAGCAGUUCUCGACUUUGGAAAGCAGAGAUCCUGGGCCAUGGGAAGAGGGUCUGACAUUGACGCUGUGCUCGAAGAAUGGCACCCGAGUCAGCCUGAGACAUUAG